AACUUACGGCAUAUAACAAAAAGUCAGGAAACGCCUGUUCAUAUUAAGUGAAGGGUGGGUAUUUCGAGUGAGUGAAGAAACGGGCUUAAAAAUAGUGUGUAUAUAUUCCUACAUGCCCAAAUGGUUUACGUCUGCGAAACGCUUCGAAGGACCUAAAAAUUGAGUCCUCCUGCAGGAUACGUAGCAUAAAUAAUCGCCCCAGAUCCUUCGGUGUUUGAGAAAUAUACGUGCGAGGAACCAUGAAGGCUGUCGGCGCAAAAAUAGUGGUUUUGGGAUCACAAGGCGUAGGCAAGACUUCCUUAGUGACGAGGUACGAGAGCAGGACCUUCCACCAGAACACCAGCACCACCAUCGGCGCCUCCUUCAGCAAUAUCGAGUUGCUCCUGAACGACUACAAGAUCAAGAUGCAGGUAUGGGACACGGCGGGCCAAGAGAGGUUCCGGUCCAUGGCGCCGAUGUACUACCGGGGCGCCAACGCAGCUCUAUUAGUCUUCGACCUCUCCAGCGAAACCUCUUUCGAUGACAUCAAAGGCUGGGUGGAAGAACUAGGCUGCCGUGUGGGUGACGGCCUCCUGCUGAUGUUGGUGGGGAACAAGAAAGACCUGCAUGAACAGCGGAAAGUGGACAAAACAGCGGCGCAGCAGUAUGCGAGCUCCAUUGGUGCUACCUACAUAGAGACCUCUGCUCUCGACAACACAGGUGUCGAAGAUGUAUUUAGCAUCCUGGCAGAAGAUAUGGUCAAGCUAGCUGAAAGCGAUGAGAAUUCAACUCUCAGAUUAUACUCGGCUAAUGGCAAAGGUCAGUGGGAUACAAGUAAAGUGAGUUUAAAUGAGUCUCAGACCCCUCCAGCAAAGUCCUCAUCAUCCUGCUGCUCUUGAAAGCAGCAACCUGUUGCUCCAGUUGCUCUUGUGCAUCUCAGGAUGCUGCUGCUGCUGUGCACCACAGACCAAAGAUUUAUGUAAAGUGCCUUCAUAGAUGUAAAUCAGGUUAAUUUCCUUAGUUUAAUGUACAUGAAACUGAUUCAUGUCACAGUGGUGACCUUCUUUAGCAGUUGAGAAGAUGAUUUGAUUAACGAAAAACUACUUCGUCUUACUUUGUAUAUGCCAUUGUGAUGUAGAUAAAGAGCUGAAUAAGCAAAGGUGCUGAAUAUCGGGUCAACUGACCAAUGUACUGUAUAUUGCUUUUAAAUUUUUUUGUACAUGUUUGCUGCUUCAUUCUGUUAGAUAUUUGUUAUUAUAACAGAUCAUGAUUUUCACAUACUGUAAAUUGAUUUACUUGUGUUUGUGUGAACCACUGCAUAUCUAGUCUUUUAUUGAAAUGCUUGUUUUUGUUCAUGGAAAUCGCUGGCUUUCAGUAUGCUCUUCAACCGGGUGACAAUAUCCCAUGAGUAGGCCAAAACCUGAAGAGCAUUUGAUAUUAAAUGAUAUUUUAAUCUUAUUAAGGGUCAUAUCUUGGUGGUAAUAAAGUGCGCAAGUGAUCUUUAGGUAAUUUAACAACUCUGGUUGUUUUCUGUCACCAGGCUACAUGCUGAUAAAACUGAAGCCUGUUUUAUUCGGAAGGUAUAAUACCAAAUUUUUAAUUAUUUAAUGGGCUUCUUGAAUCAGGACUGUAUUGUUAUUCUCUUUGCAUAUUAUUUUAAAUAGUUUUGUAAUUACAAGUUUUCUUGUGUGUACAAGGAAAAUAUGAAGUCAUCUUAUUUGGAAAAAGGUUUUCCGAGAUCUUUGAAACUUCAUUACAGGAUUCUUGUCGUUUUUAGUUACACAGUCCAGCACUGCAAUGUUGAAGCAGUGCACAGUUGUUGAAUGCAUAUAUUGUGUUAAUGGAUAAUGCUUUCCACUUUGAUUUCUUGUACUUCACAUGUAAAUGUCUACAGACAUUGAGGCAAAAAAUAAUGAAGUUGUAAUGGUUAGCAUUUCACUUGAGUUCAGAUGUUUCCUAUCCCUCUGCCCCCCCCCCCCCCCCCUCUUUAUAUAAAAGGACAUGUAUUGAAGUUUUACACAAAAUUUUUGCACAUAUUUAGAUGCCCAGUUGAGUCAUACUUUCCUAGUUUAAGAAGCACAUUGAGGAUCAGUUAGGUCUACCAGUUUGUAUUAAGAUAUGUAACUUGAUCUAAUCUGCAUACUGUACAGUUUUCAAAUUAUCAUUUGUUCACCUAUUUGCUAGUACAUGAAUAAUAUGCUUUUUAUCUUUGAGA